ACUUGUACAAGUGACCCGACUGGUCUGACAGGACUCAGAGCAAACACUGCAGCUCUGCGGUCUCUCUGCUCUUGGACAAACAACCUGCAGCAAGUUAACUUUUAACAUCUUUUCGGUGAUGAAAGAUGUUUGAAAUUACCUCGAAACUCUGCUGCAGCUCAAAGAGCCUGUGUGUUUGUUUAUUGGGUGGUCCCAGAAAUUCCUACAGUACCUUAGGCAGCAUUUAUGUUUGUCCGGUUUGAGACAAUGGCGAUUCUGUCUGACAACAAUAGGUGGAAAUCCAGCUGCCGAGAAGUGUGUGCGCAAGUUGUCCACAUGAUGAGCCACAGGAGAAAUGUGAGAAUAAAGGAAACUGCGAGGAAGCUUUUUUCUGUUCCACAUUAACUAACUCCUCUUGUGCUUUUUGUAUUUCAUUCAUUCUCUUUCUUUCUCUCUGCUCUCUCUUUCCUCUCCUGUCUGCCCGCCCUCUCUCUCUCUAUCUCUCCUUUUCUCCCUCUCCCUCCUUGCUCAACCUGCUUAUCUGAGCUGGGCAGGGCUCGAUACACUCACAGCACAGGGGGAGGGCCUUGUCUGCUUUCAAUCAAUAACCUCUGGAAUUCAGAAAUACAAGUAGGUCCUGUCUCUGGCAGGCUGUACCACACUCAGGAGGGCGGGCUCCCAGGCACACUCGACAGACUCUCUAUCUGCUUCUGGCGUUCUCUGUGAGUGUUUCCUCAGGUCUCAACCGUGUUGUGAGUCCAUCACAAUGGCUGACCAAUCCUCUCCAGACUACUUCAGCUGUUCCAUAUGUGUGAACCUCCUGAGGGACCCUGUGGCGAUCCCCUGUGGUCACAGCUUCUGCAUGGACUGCAUCAGCGGCUACUGGAAUGAGGCUGACUACACAGGGAUUUAUAUCUGCCCCCAGUGUAAGAUCACAUUCACCCAGAGGCCUGUGUUGAGGCCCAAUGCCACUCUGAGCAUGGUGGCAGAGAAGAUCAAGAAGAGCGGGUUGACCCUUAACCUCAACACCUCCCAGGGGAACAUCUACGCAGGCCCAAGCGACGUCCCCUGUGAUUUCUGCUCUGGGAAGAAACUAAAAGCUGUGAAGUCCUGUCUCAACUGUUUGGCAUCCUACUGCGAGAAACACUUGAAGCCUCACUACGAGUCAGCCACCUUCAAGAGGCACAAGCUGGUGGAUGAGCUGGGGAACCUGGACAGGAAGAUCUGCCCGCAGCACCAGAAGUCCUUGGAGCUGUUCUGUCGGACAGACCAGAUGUGUAUCUGUGCUAUCUGCACAGUGAGUGAGCACAAGGGCCAUGACAUUGUGUCUGCUGAAGCUGAGAGGAGCGAGAAACAGAAACUUCUGGGGAUCUCUCAGGCUGAGAUUAGACAGAAAUGCCAGGAGAGGGUGAAGGAGCUGGAGGAGCUGAAGACUGCUGUGGAUUCACUGAAGAACUCGGCCCAAAGAGCCAUGGUGGAGAGUCAGAAAAUGUUUGAAGACAUGAUCCGCUCCAUUGAGAGGAUGAGGUCAGAGGUCACCAAGCUGAUCGGCAUCAACGAGAAAGCUGCUUUCAACCAGGCCGAGGCUUUGAUCGAGAGACUGGAACAGGAGAUUGACGAACUGAAGAAGAAGGAGACUGGCCUCAAGCAGCUGUACAGCACUGACGACCACAUCCACUUUCUGCAGAACUUCAAUUACCUAUGCACGCCCACUGAUGAUGGCUUCAUACCCAGAGUGACCGUGAACCCUGACUUCUCCUUUGGGUCUGUGAGGAAGGCCGUGGCUGAGAUCAAAGACCGCCUGGAGGAGUUUGGCAGAGAGGAGCUGCAGAAGAUCUCCAAAUCAGUGAGCGAGGUCCCAGUGUACACGACAGAGAGCCGAACAUUGGACAGAAGGAGCAGAGUCAAAGAGGUCAUGACAGUGGACAACACUCCCCCUCCAGAGCCCAAGAGCAGAGCAGACUUUCUGAAAUACUUUUGCCAGCUGAAACUGGACUCCAGUACUGCCUACAAGGAGCUGUACAUCUCUGAAAACAGCAGAAAAGUCAUCCGCACCAGAGACCUGCAGCCAUACGGAGAAACCUCAGACAGGUUUGACAGCUUUGCUCAGGUGCUAUGCAGGGAGGCUCUGUCCGGAGGCCGCUUCUACUGGGAGAUCGAGUGGAGCGGGGAGUUCUCCAUCGGCGCAGCGUACAAGGCCAUCAGCAGGAAGGGCAAAGGUUCACUGUGUCUGCUGGGAUACAACGACAAGUCCUGGAGCCUCCUCUGCUCCGACACGGGGUACUCUGCCUGGCACAACCGUGUGGACAAAGCCAUCAACGCUCCCCACUCCCCCAGGAUAGGCGUGUACCUAGACCACACAGCAGGUGUGCUGGCAUUUUAUAGCAUAGGAAACUCCAUGACCCUGCUGCACAGGUUUGAGACCACAUUUGUUGAGCCGCUUUAUCCAGGCUUUGGAGUGGGAACCUCUGUCAAGAUCUGCAACAUCAAAUAAACACUGACAUCUGAGCAUUCAGCAGCAUGUUCUCUCAUAAUAUACAGCAAUGCUUUUGGAAUAUUCAGUAUAUAUAUAUUUUUGCAACAUUUUAAAACUGCAUCAAACCACAUUAAUGAAGUUUUACAGCUUUUUUUUGCUCCUGCCAAAUGUGUAUAUAGAUUUUCUAACACCACACAUCACUUAUUACUUUUUACAUUUUGCUGUCAAAUCACAUUUUAUUGAUAGCUUUAAAAGUCAUUAUUGAAAUACAUAUUUACUACAUAAUCAGACAAAUGCAAUAUAAAGAGACAUUGUAUCUUCUUUAGCAUUCGAUGGUAACUGCUGGAUAAUAUUUAAACAUGUCAGUAUUUAAGAACUAUGAGCCUAACCUGUAAGUGUUACCUGUUCCCACAUAUAUAUAUUUACAUUAACAAGAUAUUAUUGUUCGAUAAAAGGUGUAACAAAUCUGUAAUUAUAAGUCAUAAAUUACUAUACAAUAUCUAAGAUAAUCAAAUGAAUAUUUUUCUAUGAUAAGUUAUGUUAAACACUCUUAUUGUUUAAAUAGAAACAGAUACUGCACUUGCAUGAUUAUUCUGAGUAACAUUACAAGGUUCUCAAUGGUGCAUUUUCAAAGGUUAUGUGGAAAAACACGUCGUUGUCAUUUCAUUCUGUCAUGUUUUUAUAUUAUCUGAUGGACAUCACAUCAUUUGCCGACAGUCUUUACAGUUUUAUUUUCACUUGAACUAACCAUUAUUUAAUUUUACCUAUGUGUACUUGUAUAAUGGACAUUCAGAGUAUGAUCGGUAACAAAUACAGAUUUGUUUUGUAACAAAAUUGUUCAUUGAUAGUUCAAAAUAAAGAGCUGAAUGAAUAAUUGA